CUCAAAAGCUCCUCACUGCAACCAUGUACUCUGCUACCGAGAAGGCUCUCAUCGCCUCCAUCUGGGAGAAGGUCGCGCCCCAUACCGAGGAAUGGGGUGGUGAGGCUUUGGAGAGGCUCUUUGCUGUCUUCCCUCAGACCAAAAUCUACUUCAAGCACAUGAACACCAGCCCUGGCUCUGCUUCAAUCCGCGUUCACGGUGGCAAGGUGAUGAAGGCCAUCGGUUCAGCUGCAGGGGACGUGGACAACAUGGUGAAAGCCUUGAGCAGCCUCAGCGACCUGCACGCCUACAACCUUAUGGUGGAUCCUGUCAACUUCAAGCUGUUGUCUCACUGCAUCCUGGUCGUCUUGGCAGUCCACCUGCCUUCUGAAUUCACUUCCGAAGCCCAUCUUGCCUUCGACAAGUUCUUGGCCAGUGUGGCUGCCAUUCUGUCACAUAAAUAUCGGUAGAUACCCAGAGAACUUCAGAAGAACAGGACUGGGAACAUGUCAGGGGCCUGCUCCUUCCCUUGGUCUUCACAGUGCUGUUAGAAUGCUAUGUGGUUCUCUCUGUGCACAAAACUUGUAAACGUGCUGAAAAUGAAAAAUGCUAUUCAUGUAC